AUGUAUUUAAAAACAAAUGAAGAAGUAUACUAUGAAAUAAUAAUAAGCAUAAAAGCAAGACAUACAAUACAAAAAUAUGUAGAUGAAUGCAUAGAAAAAAUGAAAAUAGGAAAAGUAAAAAUAACAGGGAGACAAUAUGCAAUAAGUAAGGCGUUUAGUGUACUAGAAGUUUUAAAAGAGAAAACUAAACAUUUAGAAUAUUAUAUAAAAUAUAAUAAUUUAACAGUAACAGGUCCAGAUAGAAGAAAACUACUUGAAAUUAAUAUAUAUAUUUCUUCGAAAAAUUAA